AUGCCCUCCAUAACUGCCUCUUUUGUCUCACUUUACAUCAAGUGGAUACGCCAAAGCAAGGUAGUCUAUGACAGCGAGGAAAACACACAGAAAUCACUACAUGAGGGCUACAUUCGACCACAAGACUUCCAUCCCCCAACCAAUCUCGGCACAGAUAUCAACAUUGAUCGCGUCGAUCUGAAUGAAUGGCCGUUGUAUCAGAUAUCUGCAACAAUUCCUUCCUCGGAGAGUGAGCCUCGCAAAGCCCUCCUUUAUAUUCAUGGCGGCGCCUUCUUCCGAGAGAUUACACCCCAACACUGGAAUCUCACGGCCCAGAUUGCUCGCGAGACUGGCCUCGAUGUACUGGUUCCGAUCUACCCUCUUCUUCCAAUACCAGGAGCUACUGCCCAGAAGCUCGCGACCGGCCUUGUUGAAAUCUGCCGUACAUCUAAGCAGACUGUCGUGAGCAUGUGUGGUGACUCAGCCGGGGGAAUGCUGGCUCUUUCAUCUACACAGCUAUUGCGUGACACUGAGCCUGAACUCUUCGCUAAAAUGGAUUCUCUGAUCUUGAUCUCACCGGUUCUAGACGUCGGACUGGAUCAUCCCGAAGUCGUGCGUUUGUCUGAGGUCGACCCUUGGCUUGGCAUAAAUGGGCUACGCAGCAUCAUGCCAUUGCUGGCGGCAGAUCUCCCGAUGAAACAUCCCAUCGUCAGUCCCCUGUAUGGUAGCAUUGAGAACCUGCCACCUACGCUAAUACUUUCCGGCACUUACGAUAUGCUUUGCGCCGACGCAAGGCGGUUAAAAUCAAAGUUCACUGGGAAGGAUAUUGACGAGGCUCUGGCGGGCGGCAUUGAGACGGAUCGAUUUGUUUAUCUUGAGAAGGAGGAGAUGAUCCACGUGUGGCCGCUUCUGCCCCAUCCCGAAGGUGCCGAAGGACGAAAGCUUAUUUUCCAUUUUAUCAACAAAUACUCAGAGAAAUAG